AGAGGUGGGGCCGGGGGCGGAGCUGGAGGGGGGUGGUUCGGCGCGGGGGCCGUUGGCUCCAGACAAAUAAACAUGGAGUCCAUCUUCCACGAAAAACAAGAAGGCUCACUUUGUGCUCAACAUUGCUUGAAUAACCUACUGCAAGGAGAAUACUUCAGCCCUGUGGAAUUAUCUUCAAUUGCACAUCAGCUAGAUGAGGAAGAGAGGAUGAGAAUGGCAGAAGGAGGAGUUACUAGUGAAGACUAUCGCACAUUUUUGCAGCAGCCUUCUGGAAAUAUGGAUGACAGUGGCUUUUUCUCUAUUCAAGUUAUAAGCAAUGCCUUGAAAGUUUGGGGUUUAGAGCUAAUCCUGUUUAACAGUCCAGAGUACCAGAGGCUCAGGAUUGAUCCCAUAAAUGAAAGAUCAUUUAUAUGCAACUAUAAAGAACACUGGUUUACAGUUAGAAAAUUAGGAAAACAGUGGUUCAACUUGAAUUCUCUUUUGACGGGUCCAGAAUUAAUAUCAGACACAUACCUUGCACUUUUCUUGGCUCAGUUACAACAGGAAGGUUACUCUAUAUUUGUUGUUAAGGGUGAUCUGCCAGAUUGCGAAGCUGACCAACUUCUACAGAUGAUCAGGGUCCAACAGAUGCAUCGACCAAAACUUAUUGGAGAAGAAUUAGCACAACUUAAAGAACAGAGAGUCCAGAAAACAGAUCUAGAACGCGUCUUAGAGGUAAAUGAUGGGACAGGAAUGUUAGACGAGGAUGAGGAGGACUUCCAGAGGGCUCUGGCACUAAGUCGCCAAGAAAUUGACAUGGAAGAUGAAGAAGCCGAUCUCCGCAGGGCCAUUCAGCUCAGUAUGCAAGGUACUUCCAGAAAUAGAUGUCAAGAUAUCCCACAGACAUCGGGUUCACAUCCUACUUCAGAAGAGCUACGGAAGAGAAGAGAAGCCUACUUUGAAAAGCAGCAGCAGCAACAACAAGCUCCACCAGGACAGCUUACGCAUCUGUGUGAAAAGUCGAGCACAAGUUCUGAAGCACCAGACAGUGAUCUAGGUGAUUCUAUGAGUGAAGAAGACAUGCUUCAGGCAGCUGUGACCAUGUCUUUAGAAACUGUUAGAAGUAAUCUCAAAACAGAAGGAAAAAAGUAAUACCUUUCACAAAUCAUUUAGAUAUUCAAUCUUUCCAAUAUUGUCCUGUGUGAUUACAGCAUAGGGUCCAUUUUGGUAAUGUGUCAAAGAGAACAAUUUUCAACAGAGGAAAAAAGACUUAGGUGGUUUGCAAACAAAACAAUGAGAGGGUGGAAAAAUACAUCAGUUGUAGGACUAAAAAAUGAUCCUGCAAACACUAGCCAAAGAGGCAUUCAGCAAUUAAAGAAAUUUGAAAUAGUUUUCUAAAUGUUCUUUUUUCUUUUUUGAGUGUGCAAUAUCUAACAUAUCUAAAAUUAGGGCAUUUUUCUUGGAUCUUUUUGCAGACCAACUAAUUAUAACUAGCUCUGGCCACAGAACUUUCCCCACACACUUUGUCUUCUUUUCCUCCCUUCUGCAUAGGGAAUCUGGCUCACUUUUAUCAUCUAAUAGUUGCUCUUAUUUCUCUUUAACCAAAUUAACCUUGUAGGACAGUGUCUUCUCUGUAUUGAUAAUAGUACUGGUCCCAGGAUAAGCUGUUUUCCUUCUGACUAUGUAUGGUGCACUUGGGUGGUUUCUCAUCUUAUUUUCUCUGAUCACAGUUUCUCUGUGAUUUUUCAUUAUUUUCUACAACUCUGUUGAAAGACGGUAAUGUUUCUUGAGGUUUUUAAGCCCUCUGAGAAGGGAUCAUUAUUUCACGACUCCAGUGCAUUCCUGUACUCUGAAAUCAGCUCUACACAAGUAUUUGAGAGUAAAAGAGAAUUCUGUCAUGUGUGAGCACAUGCAUUCCCAGAUGCUUUGUGGCUCUCUCCUCAGUUAUGUCAGAACUUUAAGGUGUGUUGUAACCCUCUUUCCUGCACCCUGUUAUUUCCUUUUCUUUUGAAAUUGAGAAAAAUAGGAGGAGCAUAGUGCACACGUUUCCUUCUGUUACAAAACACCAUACAGUGCCCACCGUGAAUGUAUGAUAGAUGAAAUUUGGCCUUCAAUUUUAGUAGCAGUUUCAUUUUAUUUUUCCUCUUGUGACUGGAGCUGUCCUGUUUACAGUUGAGUUAUGAAGUGUGGAUGUCUGCUUCUGCUGUACAUCUUUUAGUAGGUAUAGCUUGCCAGAGAUAACCAUCUAGAACAUGAAAAUAAUUUACCAACAAAACUGCAUUGAAAUUUCUACUGUGACUUGAUACUUGCAUCAUGUUUAAAUAGCUUCAAAUUACAGAAGUCACAGUUCUUAAUAGAUUUGUAAAUAAGAAAGUCUUUAGUUUUGAUAAACCUUCUUUAAUUGGGAUGCAGAGUUUCUUGCUGGGUCAUUGCAGUGGGAUGAUUUUGGUGAAAGUUAACCAUGUCUCUCUGAAAUGGGCCUUUUAGAUUCUCCCCUUCCCUCAUUCUCCAUCCUCCUUUGAAGCCCUUUUGAAUGUUGAAUUGCUCAUUAGCUAAAAUUUAAGAAGAAAUUUCAGCUGACAACUUAGAAAAUUAAAGUAUGAUAUAUUGCCAUACCCUGUGUAUGGCUAUACACAUUUUAUCAGGGAAUUUUUUGAUGUAGGAUUUAUUGCUAACUGAAAAGAGAUGAGAAAAUACCUUUUAUUUAUGAUUAUAAAAUAGCUUUUACUUAGAUAGAGACAGACUUUUUUUAAGUCAUUAUUUUGUGCCAAGUUUUAUGAAGUUCCCCUUACAUAAAAUUAGACAGUUUUAUUUUAAAAUCUAAAGUUUUCUUUUGACAAUUGAAAAUGUUUCAGAAGAAUUAUAAACUUGUAGAAGUGCAAGGGAUGUUGGAGUUUGGUACUACUCCCUAAGAUUUACAAACCAAAAUAUUUUAAGACUGGACAUUUCUAUAGUUAACCCAAGUAUGUUAGUCAUAUUUUCCAUGGAUAUUUGACCUGUAUCUUUUCUCAUUGAAAAAAAAUACGUUAAACUUUUCUUACAUUUGAAUUGAUGAACUACCUGAUACAAAAAUGAGAAAGCGAAUAUACAUUGAAAAGUUUUAAUCUUGAGGGUUUAUAAAGUUCUUAUAUUACACACCCUUGCUAAAGCACUUAAAGGAAUACAGAAUGUUGACCUUCUUUUGUUAGGGUUUUUUUUAAAGCAGGGCUGAGCACACACUGGAUAUAUUUGAAUGUGUUUAUUUAGUUGUGAAAUGUUACAUUUGGCAGGCAGAUUCAGAAUCACUAGUAAACUGCCAUCUUGUGUGGAUUGGCAUAAAUAUUAUUGAACAUUUAGAUUCCAUUUCCUAAUUGAUUGGCCAGUAUGUUAAGAUGCCAAUGCUCAUAACCACAGUAAGAAAAUUUUUAAGUUACACAAAGCUAUAGUUUACACAUUAGGUAGUACGGUUUACUUUAAACCACCUGCAAGUCAGAAACAUUGAAAUUCACCACAACUGUCCUGCCAAGAACUUUAUUUAUAGAAAGAUUUCCAUUCUGUUUUACCAAUUGGGAACACCUUAAUGUUUAAUAUUUAAACUAUUGGUAUCAUUUUUCUAAUGUAUAAUUUGUAUUACUGGGAUAAAAUACGUACCAUGGCAAUGCUAGUGUUAUAAGUGAAGUUUAAACAAGCUUUGGAAAUAACACUUUCACACUGAUAGAUGUCAUGGAUUUAAUAAGUAGUUAUAUAUGUUUCAAAAAUUCAGAGUAGUUAACAUCUAAUCUAAACCAUCAUUAAACAUUUUUACAGUAAUUAACAUAUGAAUAUUUCAGUAAUGCAAGUAGUUUGAAAAGGUUGCUGCAGGUAAACUGUAUUUCACCUCUAGGAUCUUGGCCAAAUAAUUUGCAAUUCACAGAAUAUUUAAGAUGCUUUCAUUCUUUAAGACUUAAUUUUUCUUAAUUAAGGCUUUAUUCAUGCCAUAGUUAAUGAAGAAAAACUCCAAACUAGUUGAGGAGCAAAACUACCCAUACUCUACAUUGUUUCAUUUAAUGUUAAGUCAAAUAAAAUAAAUUUUAUGCCAGUAAGAGCCUAAGACAUUUUCAAUGUCUGAAUGUUUGAUACUGUUUUUAAAUAGUAUCACACUAGUGCCAAGAUUUACUAAAUGUCUUAAAAUUGGCCCAUUUGGAGGUGUGCAAAUACAAAAAAGAUUGAUUCUCAGUGCACAAGCAAAAAUGUAAUGAUAAUAAUUGAAAUUGCCUAGAUUGAAAAAUAAAUCUUAAUGUUUUAAAUUCUUAAGAGGAUUCAAUCAUUAAUAUUGAUGACUUCCUAUUAGAAACUUUAUCUGCAAUUGGAGCCACCUAUGGCCACUACUUUGAAAAUUAAUUGUUGCAGCUGGGCCCUGACAAGUAUGGAGAUAUUACAGAUGUGAUCUUAAUUAAGAAAAAUCAGACUGGAUUAAUUAUUUCAGCAGUAUAAGUAAUUUUUCAUAUUUUCAAAAUAAAAACUGCUUCAUUUCUGGUCCCUUUGUAACCAGCAUCUUUUUUUUAAAGAAAUGAAUGAACUUACAUUGUUUUUUAAAUACACAAAAUAUUUUUGUUUCAUUUUGCUUUCAUGAAUGAAAAUAUUAUUGACAUGGCUGUUUAUUUCUUGAAUUUUGAUUUUUUUUUUGUUCAAGAAAACGUCUGCUAUUUUAAUUUUUUUUACAAAAUGGUCUGGCAUUUUUAAAAAGUAAUGCUACUAACCACAUCUAAAUUAUUGCAGUUGGCAUGUUUAAUUAUCAUAGUGUGUCAAUAAAUGUUUUAAGACUGUGGAUUCAUAAGACAGGGAGUAGAAAGCAUUUGUGAAACAUAUUUGGAAAUUCCUGAUUCGUUGUAGGAAGCACUUCACUUGUCUCUUGCUUAGUUCAAAAGUGAAUAUUGUCAGGAAUUUUUUAAAGAGGAAAACAUACAUUUGAAUGUGAUUAUCUAAUUUCUACAACACUGGAUGAGUAGGAAUGCAUUUUUAAAAAUUACUGUUCUGUAUAAGUAGCCUUUGAAAUUCCAGUAAAGAAUUAAAAGCAUCCUUCUGGCCACGACACAGGUGCACUGUGGCAGUGCCGUUGCUCAGGGCCCAGCUCUGCAGCCCUGUGCGUGCUCGCCUCUCUGAGUCCUUCUGCCGUGAAUACACACACAGUCCUUCCUGUCUGGUCCUUAGAAAAGCCGGGCUUCCAAAGCACUGUUGAACACUGAGGAUACUGUUGUUAAUGUGGAUGUUUGAUGAGUUGUAUUUUAAAUAUCAAAGAUUAUUAAAUAAAGAUAUUGUUUGCUUUUUUUU